CUGAUCUUUGGCUCUCCGUGUGAAAGUGAUUUGAAUUUGGCUCGGCGGCGCUCUGCGCAGGCGUUUUCAGCUGCUGGCAUGCUGGCUCUGUGCGAAGCAGCUGUUUGGGGUUUGAAAUUCCAACAUGGCAGAGGCUGCAGUCAGUCUUCCCUUCAAAAACUUGGAAUGAUUUCAAAUCAUAGGCACCUUCACUUAACCCGAGCCCCCAUUCAUCAGCGAAUAGAGAGGAUCGAUGCUACUCUAACCUACCGGGCUUCUGUAACAAUCCUCCAGGUUAAAUGAAUACCUGACGAAAGGGCCCAUGUUUCAAGGCAGUGACAUUUGAGAGCGGAGAGGAAAAGUGGCUUUAAUGAAAAGCAACCUUUGGAAUUCCUGCUUGUGAGAAAGAGAAAAAAAAAUCCAAUUCAGCUUUUUUUUGUGCUGCCAGCAAGAAAUGAUCAGCAGCACCAGUGUUUAUGUUUGUGAAUCCUUUGUUGACAUUGGUGCUGUUCUGUGCUGUUGUGAGAAUGGCUUGAAGAUGCAGUGGACGCCAGAGCAUGCCCAGUGGCCAGAACAGCACUUUGACAUCACUUCUACCACCCGGUCUCCUGCCCACAAGGUGGAAGCUUACCGUGGACAUCUUCAGCGCACUUAUCAGUAUGCUUGGGCUAAUGAUGACAUCUCUGCUCUGACUGCUUCAAAUCUGCUCAAAAAAUAUGCAGAAAAAUAUUCUGGUAUUUUGGAAGGACCAGCAGACCGACCCCUCCUGAGUAACUAUUCAGAGCCUCCGUCAGGGCUGGUGAAUGGUCGAAAAAGCGAGAGCGAGCCCUGGCAGCCUUCUUUGAACUCUGAGAGUGUUUAUCCUAUGAACUGUGUCCCAGACGUUAUUAGUGCCAGCAAAGCUGGUGUAAGUACUGCCCUCCCUCCAACAGAUGUCUCGGCUAGCAUAGGGAGUUCACCUGGGGUGGCCAGUAACCUGACAGAACCGAGUUAUUCCAGUAGUACAUGUGGAAGUCAUACGGUCCCUAGCCUGCAUUCAGGGCUCCCAUCUCAGGAAUAUGCCACAGGAUACAAUGGAUCUUACUUGCAUACGAGUUACAGUGGCCAGCCAGCACCUGCACUUCCUUCCCCUCAUCCAUCCCCUUUGCAUAGCUCUGGGCUGUUACAACCACCUCCACCCCCGCCACCCCCACCAGCACUAGUACCGGGCUACAAUGGGACAACCAACCUUUCCAGUUACAGUUAUCCAUCUGCAAGCUAUCCCCCUCAAGCUGCUGUUGGACCUGGAUAUAGCCCUGGUGGUGCGCCUCCUCCUUCAGCAUACCUGCCUUCAGGAAUCCCUGCUCCAACUCCUCUGCCCCCCACCACUGUCCCUGGUUACAGCUACCAGAGUCAUGGUUUAACGCCCAUUGCGCCCUCUGCCCUGACAAACAGUUCUGCAAGUUCCCUCAAAAGAAAAGCUUUCUAUAUGGCAGGGCAAGGAGAAAUGGACUCCAGUUAUGGAAAUUACAGCUAUGGCCAACAGAGAUCCACACAGAGUCCCAUGUAUAGGAUGCCUGACAACAGCAUUUCAAAUGCCAAUAGGGGGAAUGGCUUUGACAGAAGUGCUGAAACAUCCUCCUUAGCAUUUAAGCCAACGAAGCAGAUCAUGUCUUCUGAACAGCAAAGAAAAUUCAGCCAGCCCAGUAGGGCUCUAACACCCCCUUCCUACAAUACUGCUAAAAAUUCUCUUGGGUCGAGAGCAAGUGAACCAUUUGGGAAGUAUGGCUCUCCAGUAAUGAACGAACAUGGCGAUGAACACAGGCAGCUCCUCCCUCACUCAAUGCAAGGCCCAGGACUUCGUGCAGCUACCUCAUCCAACCACUCUGUGGACGAGCAACUGAAGAAUACUGACGCACACCUCAUUGACAUUGUAACCAACGAGAUUAUCAACCAAGGACCUCCUGUGGACUGGAAUGACAUUGCUGGCCUAGAUCUGGUAAAGGCUGUCAUUAAAGAGGAGGUUUUAUGGCCAGUAUUGAGGUCAGAUGCAUUCAAUGGGCUGACUGCUCUACCUCGGAGCAUCCUUUUGUUUGGACCUCGGGGAACGGGCAAAACAUUAAUGGGCAGAUGUAUAGCUAGUCAGCUGGGGGCCACGUUUUUCAAAAUUGCUGGCUCUGGCCUUGUCACAAAGUGGUUAGGGGAAGGGGAAAAGAUUGUCCAUGCCUCUUUCCUUGUGGCAAGGUGUCGCCAGCCCUCGGUGAUUUUUGUUAGUGACAUUGAUGUGCUGCUUUCAUCCCAAGUGAAUGAAGAACACAGUCCAGUAUGUCGGAUGAGAACCGAGUUCCUUAUGCAGCUGGACACUGUUCUAACUUCUGCCGAGGACCAAAUAGUAGUAAUUUGUGCCACCAGUAAACCGGAAGAAAUAGAUGAAUCUCUUCGAAGGUACUUCAUGAAACGACUUUUAAUCCCACUUCCUGACAGCACAGCGAGGCACCAGAUAAUAGUACAACUGCUCUCACAGCACAAUUACUGUCUCAGUGACAAGGAGGUUGCACUGCUUGUCCAACGUACGGAAGGCUUUUCGGGACUGGAUGUUGUUCAGUUGUGUCAGGAAGCGGUCGUAGGCCCACUCCACGCCAUGCCAACCACAGACCUUUCAGCCAUUAUGCCCAACCAAUUGAGGCCCGUUACAUAUCAAGACUUUGAAAACGCUUUCUGCAAGAUACAGCCUAGCAUAUCUCAAAAAGAGCUUGACACAUAUGUUGAAUGGAACAAAAUGUUUGGUUGCAGUCAGUGACAUCUUUUUUUUAAAAAAAAACACAAAACUAAACAAAACAAUGUAAUGAAUGUUGGUGCGCGCGCACACACACACGCAUACAACCUGCUAUAUAGGGCAUGGAACCCCUUUUCCAGUAGUGUUUAAAGUUGUAAAAGGGUACUGAGGGGGGGGAAGGGGGGGAACCCGAUGAUUGCCUUGUGUCUAAAGAGCCAGGUGCAGGCUUGAAGGAAUAGGGCAUCAAAUAUGAAGCUUGUUGAUCUGAAAAGCCACAGAUAACAGAAGGCAUCUGUUGAUGCUCCGUUCCGUUCAAGCUAGACAACGCACUCUCACCAUGGAGCAAGGAGCCAAGUGGGUUGAUAUCCCGCCCCCCCAAGAAGGACAUGAACCCUAUGUGUUGAUUUCCAUUCUGCUGUUCUUGAGAUUUAGUUGUUGUCAAGUGCCUGAAGUGGUGCUUUAUUUUUUUUAUUAUUAUUAUUAUUAUUUUGUUUGCCUCACAAUUACAUUGGUGGCAUGUGCUAAUAUAAAGAGCUUUAACUUCAAAAUGUUAUGGGACUAAAGAAAUGAACGAUUGUGUUGCGACAGAGAACCAGAUCUUUUUUUUUUUUUCCUCAGCUAGUCUUUUAAGAGCAACAGUAUUCCUCAAUCCUGUCUGUUCUGCAGUAUUAAACUUAAGAACAGGUAAAACAGGGUAACGGUAAUCUGGACCUUAAUUUUCCACAGUUCAUUUCUUUUAAUGUUCUGUCUGCAAAAAAAAAAGAAAGAAAGAAAGAAAAAGAAAAAAAACUCAGGAAAGUGAUUGUGAUUUGUACAGUACCUCAAAGGAUUGUGUUGAAGGCACUAUGUACUUCUGAGAGUUAAUAGGCUAGGCUUCAAUGUUACUUUAUAUUAAAUAUGUAUGUUUACCUCAACAGUUGGGAAAAAUGGCAAAGAGAAAUGCUUUGAAUGUAUCCAGGAACAAGCUGAAAAGUGUAUUAUAACGGAAUCUUUUAAACCUUUUAAAAUAGAAACAAAGGGGUAUCAGUGUUAAAAAUGAUUCUUUUUUUUAAAAAAAAAAAAAUUGGGGAUCAGAUCAGAGCAUGAGAAAUUUUCAUGGCAGUAAAAAUCCUUAGUCCUUGACAAUUUUGUGAUGAGUUGCAAGACGAUGUGCGGGAAACAAAGAAAAGCCACUCUGUCAAAUUAUAUAAUCUUAUGGGACAGUCAAAUACAACAUCUAGCUAAUGACUCUGAGAGGCAAAUUACCUUAAGAUAACCACUGCUUUUGUAUCUUGGUUAGAGUUGUUGGUGUUCUGAUUGUUUCAUUGAGCCAAUAGAUCACAAUCAUUCUAGGUCACUGAGAGAGCUUAUGGGUUGUCGAGCUGUUUACAGUAAUGCUGUAGAGUGGUGACCAAACAACAAAAGCAAGGCAAACAUUAAACCUUCAGAUUGCAUUUGCUUCUCCCCCCAUCUCUUAAUUUUCCCCACAUAGAUUAAUAGUAAAUGUGCAUUGCCUGGUGUGGUUUUUUUUUUUUGUUUGUUUGUUUUAUUUUAAGUGUACUCAUUUCAUGCCCUUUCCAGCUGGAGCAUGCCCAUCAUUUUAUUUCUACCUCAGUUUUUGGUGUGUGUGUCUGUGCGUGUGAGGUUUUUUUUUUUCUUUUUAAACUCUCUUGGGAAGCAAAGUAAGGAGCUGGGCAAGUCAGAUUCCAUUCAGAAUGUCUACCUGUUUUAAUGAAUUUGAAAGAACCAGGCGAUGAGAUUCCUUCCAGAAGUGAAGUGUCGUUCUGUAUACCUUUCCUGUCUUUUCCUCAGUAAGGACAAAAUGGCUGCAGAUUCUCCUCUUCUGAAAAGGCGGGCUGGCUGGCAUAACGUGGCAUUUUGUUCAGCUUGUGCCCCUGCUUCACAUUGUCUCUCUUUUCAUUCUUUAAUGCUUUUAUGAGCAAUUCUUUUCAUGACAGCUGACUGAUGCUGGUAAUGGCCCUGAGCAGUGUACACUGUAGCAUUUGGAGUCUCUGCGGCCAGAGGAGCAGAACAGUCUUUUCUUUUGUGGCAGGAAUGCAGGUUUUUUUUUUUUGUUUACUUUAAAGAGAGAGUGGCAGAACACUUGCAAAAGCACUGGCUUUUAAUCUUUCUUUUAAGUAACGUACCUUUUUUAAUAAGUGAAGUAAAUGCAA